AUGUCUGGAACGUAUAACAACAGUUCGGUCCAGAUAUACCGGAUUCUUGAGCAAACCAGGCACAUACGACUCGACGAUACAUCAAGUGAGAGCAAAGCUAAGUAUUCCAAAGCAAAGAUUGCGUCUGCCAUCGGACUACUUUCUCACCUCAGAGACCUGACCGAGAUUUUGCAAAACCUGCGCCACGUCCGCGAAUCCUCUGCUCUAGCCGAUGUGCUUCGCGUGUGCAUCCAACCGCACGACCUUGGAGGGCUGGGUCUGGACGAUGCGAGCGACUUGGCAGCGCAGCAAGAAUCAGAGGUUUUGUUCCUGGUAUCUGCCUGGCUGGAAGCGCUUAAUUCGGAGGACAGGGCCAGGUCAAUGCCUGCUCCAGUAGCAUCAAGACCCCCAGGUCGGCGGGGGAUGACUCUAAGCGAGAAAAUCUUUGCGUGGCACGAAGUUGCUUAUAGAGGCUGGGUGGCGCCAGGAGAUUUGAUUCGGGUCGAUGUCGAUUGGGUGAUUGCCUCCGAGGCAUCAUGGGCCGGCAUGGAGACGACGUACAGCGACCUAGGAAAGCCUGGGAUCCAUCGGAAUGAUCGCUUCUGGCUCGCCGGUGAUCAUGUCGUAGAUCCUCGGAUCAGACAAAUUCCCAAAGUUCGCGCGCUGAUCGAUGCAAGCGAGAGGGCAAAGCGAGUAUUCAAAUUGACCGAAUACCAGGGAAUGAACUAUACGAUCCUCCACACCGAGUUCUACCGGGAACGAGCGCAACCUGGCAUGUUGAUCAUUGGCUCCGACUCACAUACGUGCUCCUCUGGCGCCUUGGGAUGUCUGGCAAUUGGGCUCGGGGCAGCAGAUGUGACUUUGCCCUUGGUGACAGGGGAGACGUGGGUCAAGGUUCCCGAGUCCAUCAGCAUCCGACUUGUGGGUGUACCUAAGCCUGGGAUCGGUGGAAAAGACGUUAUCCUAUACAUCUUGCAGCAGUUGAAGAGGAAUACUGUCGCUUCCGAUAGGAUCGUCGAGUUCUCUGGUGCCGGCGUGCAGUAUUUGUCGGCUGAUGCUCGAUUUGCUAUUUGCAACAUGACAGCGGAACUCUGUGGCAUCACCGGGAUAUUUGUGCCUGAUCAAAUCACGCGAGCCUUCGUGGCCAACAGGCGCUUACAACGACACAAGAAUCUCAUCACGUACUUCCGACCCGAUAACGAUGCGCAGUACGCCGCAGAACUCGACAUUGAUCUUGCAAAUGUGCAAUCCUUUUUUGCUCGAUACCCGAGACCAGAUGAUGUGGUUCCUGUCUCGGAUUACGCAGGAAUGCAGUUGGAUGGUUGCUUCAUUGGAGCUUGCACCACAACCGAGGAGGACCUCAUCCUUGCAGCUCUUGUGCUAGAGCAAGGACUGAAGAAAGGCUAUCGGCCAGUUAACCAUGGGAAGAGGAAGAUGGUACCCGGAUCAUUGCCAAUCCUGCAUAGACUACGCGAAUUAUGCCUCACCGGCGUCUUCGAAGCGGCGGGUUUUGAGAUUGGGGUCCCAGGCUGCAGCUAUUGUGUUGGCAUGUCGGCAGAUCAGGCAGUUUCAGGAGAAGUCUGGCUGUCAUCCCAGAACCGGAAUUUUGAGAAUCGCAUGGGUAAAGGCCAUCUAGUCUCUAGCGCAACUGUCGCUGCAUCCUCAUUCGAGAUGAAAUUGACCGAUCCUAAUGACUUGCUUUGUGGGAUCGACUGGGCACGAUGGAUGUCGUUGCGCGGGCCUUUUGGACUGACAGCGAGAAUGAGCGCGGCAUCUCAUCUGACCUAUGUUGAGCCAAACAACUCUCCAGCUUUUUCCCAGGAGAGACCUGAAUCAAGUAUCUUCUCCAGAUCCACGCAAGAACCUCCGUUUUCUGGACCUCUGCGUGGCAAGAUACAGCUUCUAGGUGAUUUCAUCGACACAGAUGCACUAGCACCAGCUGAAUUCUUGAUGGACAUGAAAACUAAUGAGCAAAGUGGUCUGCAUUGCCUACAGCACACCCAUCCGUUAUUCCGUCAACGGACCCUAGAAGGUUUCAACAUCGUUGUGGCUGGUCAAGCCUUUGGUUGUGGAUCGUCGCGUGAACAGGCCGUCAUGGCAUUGCUUGGCUGCGGGAUCAAAUGUGUGAUCGCGAAAUCCUUCGCCUUCAUCUUUCAACGGAACAUGCCCAAUCUCGGCCUGUUGGGCAUUACCAUGCCUAACGAGUCGUUCUACGCCGCCGCGAAGGAUGGCUCGGAGGUAUCAAUUGACCUCCUUGCGCAAGUCAUCCACAUUGAGGGGCUCAGGUUUGUAUUCCAAUUAAGUCAAAUGGAACAAGGACUGUACCGCCACGGUGGCAUUACUUCUGCCUUUCGAAAAUUCGGGAACAGACUCUUCGAGGAGCUCACAGCGGCGAAGAAUAUAGGGACAAGUCACAUGGAAGAGAAGUGUCAUGCACCUAGCGCGCUACAAUGGUAA